AUGCCGGCCACAGCCCACUGCCUGCCGCCACCUGGUGCGUGCCACGGCCUAGUGCCUGCUGCCACGUGGUGCCUGCCACCGCCCUGGGCCAUCUACAACCCUCGUGCCUGCCACCACCCAGUGCCUGCCGCCACCUGGUGUUUGCCACAGCCCAUUGCCUGCCGCCGUUUUGUGCCUGCCACGGCCCAGUCCCUGCCAUUACCUCGUGCCUGCCACUGCCCAUUGCAUGCCGCCACCUUCUGCCAGCCACCACCCAGUGCCAGCCGCCACCUUGUGCCUGUCACAGCCCAGUGCCUGCCACGGCCCAGUGCCUGCCGCCACCUGGUGCGUGCCAUGGCCCAGUGCCUCACACCACCUGGUGCCUGCCACCGCCCUGGGCCAUCCACAACCUCAUACCUGCCACCGCCCAGUGCCAUCUACCACUUCGUGCCUGCCACUGCGCACUGCCUGCCACUACCUCGUGGGUGCCACAGCCGCGUGCCUGCUGCCACCUGGUGCCUGCCACUGCCCAGCCUGCCACCAACCAGUGCCUGGCACCACUUUGUGCCUGCCACUGACCAGCGCCUUCCACCACCUCAUACCUGCCACAAUCCAGUACGUGCCGCCACCUUGUACCUGCCACCGCCCAGUGCCCAGUGCCACCGACCACACCUUCCUCCACUUCGUGCCUGCCACACUCCAGUGCGUUCCGCCACCUCGUACCUGCCACUGCCCAGUGCCAUCCACCACUUCGUGCCUGCCACUGUCCACUGCCUGUCGCCACCUGGUGCCUGCCACUGCCCAGUUCCUGCCAUCACCUCGUGCCUGCCACAGCCCAGUGCCUGCCGCCACCUGAUGCCUGCACAGCCCAGUGCUUUCCGCCCCCUGGAGCCUCCCACCACCCAGUGCCUGCUGCCAUCUCGUCUCUGCCACCUCCCAGAGCCUACUGCUACCUCGUGCCUGCCACAGCCCAGUGGUUGCCGCCACCUGGUGCCUCCCACCGCCCAGUGCCUGCCAUCACCUCGUGCCUGCCACAGCCCAGUGCCUGCCGCCACCUGCUGCGCCUACUACCACCUCGUGCCUGCCAAACUCCAGUGCGUGCCGCCACUUCGUACCUGCGACCGUCCAGUGCCAUCCAUCACUCUGUGCCUCCCACUGCCCACUGCCUGCCGCCACCUCGUGCCUGCACCGCUCAUUGCCUGCCGUCACCUCGUGGGUGCCACAGCCGCAUGCCUGCUGCCACCUGGAGCCUGCCCUAACCUGGUGCCUGCCACUGCCCAGUGCCAUCCGCCUCCUGUUGCCUCCCACCACCCAGUGCCUGCCACAGCCCAGAGCCUACCUCUAUCUCGUGCCUGCCACAGCCCGGUGCCAGCCACCACCUGGUGCCUGCUGCUGCCCAGUGGCUGUCAGUGCCUUGUGCCUGCUACAAUGCGGUACCUGGUGCUGCCUCGUGCCUGCCACAGUCCAGUGCCUGCCCCCACUUCAUGCCUGCCACAGCCUACCUGUUGCCUGCUACUGCCCAGUGCCUGCCACCACCUGGUGCCUGCCACUGCCCAGUGCCUGCCACCACCUCGUGCCUGCCACAGCCCAGUGCCUGCCAUCAAUUGGUGCCCGCCACCACCUCGUGCCUGCCACAGCCCAGAGCCUACCGCUAUCUCGUGCCUGCCACAGCCCGGUGCCAGCCACCACCUGUUGCCUGCUGCUGCCCAGUGGCUGUCAGUGCCUUGUGACUGCUACAAUGCGGUACCUGGCACUGCCUCGUGCCUUCCACCACCCAGUGCCAUCCAACACCUCAUGCCUUCCACCCCUUAUUGCCUGCCGCCACCUUGUGCCUGCUAUAGUCCAUGCCUGCCACCACCUCGUAUGUGCCACAGCCCAGUGCCUGCCAUCAAUUGGUGCCUGCCACCGCCCAGUGCUUGCCACCACCUCGUGCCUUCCACAGCCCAGUGCCUGCCGCCACCUGGUGCCUGCCGCUGCCCAGUGCCUGUCGCUGCCUGGUGCCUGCUACCACCCGGUACGUGGCGCUGCCCCUUACCUGCCGCCGCCCGGUGCCAGCCACCACCUGGUGCCUGCCGCUGCCCAUUGGCGGUCGCUGCAUUGGGCCUGCUACAACGCGGUACCUGGCACUGCCUAGUUACUGCUGCCGCCCGAUGCCUGCUGUCACCGCCCGGUGCUCCUCACCGGCCCCCAUUUUAG